CAGGGGGCGCGCCGGGUCGCUGGCGGCGGCCGGCGGCGCAGUCAGCCCGCAGGCAGCCAUGGACAAGGACGCGCUCAAGAAGCAGAUCGAGAACAUGAAGUACCAGGCGACCAUGGAGCGUUGGCCGCUGUCGAAGAGCAUCGCAGCGAUGCGGGAGUACGUGGAGGAGAAUGAGAAGAGCGAUCCCUUGAUCCACGCGCCCGACAAGAAAAACAACCCGUGGGCGGAGAAGGGCAAGUGCGUGAUCAUGUAACCGGGCGGGGCCAGCCGUCGCGGCGGCGGCAAUGGCGGCGGCGGCGGCGGCGGCAGCGGUGG